AUGUCGGCGGCGCAGCCGCUGCUCUCCGCCGCCGUGCGGCAGCUGUCGCGCUCCGCGAGCGGCGUCGUCGUCAAGCCGGCGAGGGGGUUCCAGGUGUUCCGCGUCGACGGCUACUCGUGGACCAAGGCGCUCCCCGCCGGCGAGCGCAUCAGCUCCGAGAACUUCACCGUCGGCGGCCGCGACUGGAAGAUCGACUACUACCCCAACGGCUCCGGCUCGUGCUCCGGCCACAUCUCCCUCCACCUCCGCCUCGACGAGUACGAGCGUCAGCGCGUGGGGGCGCAGUACAGGUUCAGCCUGCUGGGCCCCUCCGGCGCCGCCGCGUACGAGCUCCCCGCCGCCACGGGCGUCUUCACGUGCCCCGGCGCCGGCGGCGGCGAGUAUUACACUACUGCAGAUGACGAACCGGAGGAGGAGCUCGUCGUCGGGUGUGGCUACGCCGAGUUCAUCGCCACGGACGAGCUGGAGGUGCGGCGCGAGACCCUGCUCAAGGACGACUGCCUCGCCAUCCGGUGCGACGUCGCCGUCGUCGAGGUGGAGGCCCUGUCCCUCGGCAGGAAGUUCCGCCAAAGGGCCCCCAAGCUCAAUCUCAACUACAGCGACGACGAUGAGGAUUCUGGCGACGACCAGGCGGCAUCACGCCGGAGCAGGAGCCGCCGCCAGCCAGACGACAGGGAGUACAUCCGCCAGUGCCUAGCCGAACAGCGGCACCGCGCGUGA